CCGCGGGGCCCGGGGCGGAAGUGCCGACGCGCUCCGGGCGCCCCGGGCCGCAGCGGCCGCACCAUGAGCGACAUCCGCCACUCGCUGCUGCGCCGCGACGCGCUGAGCGCCGCCAAGGAGGUGCUGUACCACCUGGACAUCUACUUCAGCAGCCAGCUGCAGAGCGCGCCGCUGCCCAUCGUGGACAAGGGCCCCGUGGAGCUGCUCGAGGAGUUCGUGUUCCAGGUGCCCAAGGAGCGCGGCGCGCAGCCCAAGAGGUUGAAUUCACUUCAGGAGCUCCAACUUCUUGAAAUCAUGUGCAAUUAUUUCCAGGAGCAAACCAAGGACUCUGUCCGGCAGAUUAUUUUCUCAUCCCUUUUCAGCCCCCAAGGGAACAAGGCUGAUGACAGCCGGAUGAGCUUGUUGGGAAAACUGGUGUCCAUGGCAGUGGCUGUGUGUCGAAUCCCGGUGUUGGAGUGUGCAGCCUCCUGGCUCCAGCGGACGCCUGUGGUCUACUGCGUGAGGUUAGCCAGGGCCCUCGUGGAUGACUACUGCUGUCUGGUGCCAGGAUCCGUGCAGACGCUGAAGCAGAUACUCAGUGCCAGCCCUCGAUUCUGCUGCCAGCUCAUCACCUCUGUCACCGCGCUGUAUGACCUAUCCUCAGAUGACCUCAUCCCACCGUUGGACUUGCUUGAAAUGAUUGUCAGCUGGAUUUUCGAGGACCCGAGGUUGAUUCUCAUCACUUUUUUAAAUACUCCGAUUGCAGCCAAUCUUCCAAUAGGAUUUUUAGAGCUCACCCCGCUCACUGGAUUGAUCCGCUGGUGCGUGAAGGCCCCUCUGGCUUAUAAAAGGAAGAAGAAGCCCUCCCUGUCUAAUGGCCACGUCACUACCAAAGUUACAAAGGACUUGGGAGGGAUGGACAGAGACUCCCACCUCCUGUACUCGAAACUCCACCUCAGCGUCCUGCAGGUCCUCAUGAUGCUCCAGGUGCACUUAACCGAGAAGAAUCUGUAUGGGCGCCUGGGCCUCAUCCUGUUUGACCACAUGGUCCCGCUGGUAGAGGAGAUCAACAGGUUGGCAGAUGAACUGAACCCCCUCAACGCCUCCCAGGAGAUCGAGCUCUCUCUGGACCGGCUGGCGCAGGCUCUGCAGGUGGCCAUGGCCUCCGGAGCACUGCUGUGCACAAGAGAUGACCUGAGAACCUUGUGCUCCAGGCUGCCCCAUAAUAACCUGCUCCAGCUGGUGAUCUCGGGCCCCGUGCAACAGGCACCACACGCGGCGCUGCCCCCCGGCUUCUAUCCUCACAUCCACACGCCCCCGCUGGGCUACGGGGCUGUGCCGGCCCACCCCGCCGCCCACCCCGCCCUGCCCACGCACCCGGGGCACACGUUCAUGUCGGGCAUGACCUUCCCGUUCAGGCCCAUCCGCUAGACCGGCCCCGGUGCUGCCGAGGGACAGUGUGCCCUCCGCCCGGGCCGGAGGAAGCCUUCCAGAGAAGGGGGAAGCUGCCCCAUCGAAGAGGACCUUUUGGGGGCAGCCGGCAGUCCCUCGUCCCCAGCAGGACUGUCUUGGUGCGGGAGUUGCGCGGCGUCGCAGCCCGGGGGCCCUCCCCGCCGGGUCACGAUCGCAGAAGUCCAGAUGGGAGGCAUGGAAGGAAGGACGGAUGGCGCCCGCCCAGCCACGUGGGCGUCCUGCCGAAGUCGCCGAUUCCACCAGCCGGUGUCUGUGGGUCGUUUCAGACGCGCCCGGAGCCCGUGCUGCCCUGAGCAGAGCUGCGAUGAGCAGCAUUUGCAAGUCCCUUUGGCAUCUGUGCGCGGGAAUGUGACGGCCCCACCACCCGGUGUCCCUAGGAGCUCUGUGAGCUCGAAGCUGGGCCCCGGCAUGGGCCAGGCAGGGAGCCGGGCAGGGGGCUGCGCGAGGACUGCCCGUCCGGCCCAGGAGCUCCUCUGUUUUAUUGGGGUCUAAAUUUUCCUUUCAUAUGUUCAAAUAAAUUUUUUUUCUAAACAGUU